AUGUCGAGCAAGUCACGAUCCAGUUCCCACCAUGAUACUAGAGGAUUUUCUGAAAGUCGAAAUAGAGCCAAGGUUACGAUCAAAGAAGAAGCAGAACCGUGCGAACUACAUGACAUAGUAAACUGUAAGAAAUGCCAAAGGGCUGAACAGGAAAGAUUAGAAAACAUAUUGAAACGAUCGAUUUCAAUGAACGCGAUUCCUGGCAGAAAUGCUUCAUCAACAGUUCCAAGAAAGUUGCACAGAUCAUCCUCUCAGACAAGUUGCUACAGUACAGGAUCAACUCAAUCCGUCCCCGUCGAAAUGCAAAACGAUUCCUUCAGUGAAUUGUUAUACUAUUUUUCUUCGCAAAGUCGAGAACGACGGGAUCCUCAUACUGCAAACAUCUUUUGGGAUUUACUUCCGAUCGAAACCAAGCAGGCUUUAAUUAGAAAGAUAAUCAACAACAAGAAACGAAGGAGCAACAAGAAUUUGGUCUACAAUGACUUCCGAAGUUUGCUUCUUUUAAAUGAAACUAACUAUCAACCAUCUACUAGCAAGUGUACUCGAUCAAGACCGGUGUCACUAUUAUCUCCAAAGGAACAAUUGGCUUCUCAACUUAUAGGCCAGCUGUUCGAUAGUAUCAGCUCCGAGAGUGAUCCGGAAUCAGAUGCAUGUUACAUUCCGAACGUUGGGCCUAAUGCCGAACAGCUCGACACUUUUUCAGAUGCUCAAACAGCUUUGGAGAAUAUACGGAUUUGGCGAGACCGUCAAGAAAUUAAUGCAAAAAUAAAAGAAGUCAAUCUGUUGAUUGAAAGGUUUGAGAAAAUGUCUCCCUCACCAACUCCAGCGAGUACCGAUGAUUCCCAGAAGCACAAAACUUUAAGUAGUAACGCACAAGCUGGGAAUUUAGCAAUCCCCAAACAACAGCAACAAAGGCAAAAAACCCAGCUAAAGUUUCUGUUUCAAACGAACCACCCCCAUCAAGACGGAAAGAAGGAUUUCUGGAAACGCUGGCCUCCAAAUCUAAGAAAUUUAUGA